AUGAGGGACCUCUCCAGCGCCAGCGGCCGUAGCAGCACUGCACUACCAGCAGAAGCGGGCGCUCCCUACGAGGUGGCGGUGUGCUGCUCCGGUCCCACCUGCAGUGGCGGCUGCUGCCCGUGGGCCCCAUCGCCCGCCGCGCUACUCUGCUGCACCUCCCCUCCACCAGCAGGUGCAGCCCCGGCUGGUGGGCGGCGCCGGCUGGCGUCUGCGCUGUUCGCGGAGCUGCUGGGGACGGCGGCUCUGCUCUUCCUGGGCUGCACGGCCGGCGUGCGGGGCGUCGCGCAGCAGGGGCAGCAGCACGGGCCGGGCGACGUGGGCGCCGCCCUCGUGUCGGGCACCGCCGUCGCCGCCGUCAUACAGAUGGUGGGCCACGUGUCAGGGGCGCACGUGAACCCCGCGGUGACGCUGGGCCGCCUGCUGAGGGGCGGCUUCGGCGCGCGGGCAGCGGCGGGCUACCUGGUGGCGCAGCUGGCCGGCGCCCUGCUGGGGUACCGGCUGCUCCUGGCGGUGACGCCGUCUUCAGCAUCGUGCGAGUGCACUACAGUGCCCGCGGCCGCGCUGUCGCCGCUGCAGGCGCUCCUGGUGGAGGCGGCUGGAACGGCGGGUCUGGUGCUGCAGUGCCACGCCUCCUGGGAUGGUCACCAAGCGGGCGUCGCCUCGCUCCAGUUCGGCUUCUACAUGGCGGCCAUCUCCCUAGCGUUGGGUCCGUACACAGGGGGCAGCCUAAAUCCAGCAAGAUCCCUGGCUCCUGCCUUCUGGACGGGCAUCUGGACCUAUCACUGGGUGUACUGGGUGGGCCCGCUGCUCGGCUCCGUCGCGGCGACGCUGCUCUACCUGCUGCCACUGGGUGGACGGGCCUCCGCUGCCGACGCCGCUCCUGCCGCCACUCCCACCACUGACAACAAGGCGCCAGUCGCCGGCAAGUGCCUCGUUCCUGCCGUCUGCCUCUAGGGCCUGGAGUCGAGAGCCUAGAGUCCAGGAUCUGGAGCCUAGAGUCUAGGAUCUGGGCUCUAGAGCCUAUGGUACAGAGUCUAGGGUCUAGAGAGUACGGUCCAGAGACGAGCGUCUAGAGCCUAGGAUCCAGAGGGUAGGGUCCAGAGACGAGCGUCUAGAGUCCAGUGUGGCGUCCAAAGGCAGAAUCGGGCCUCCAGCUGUGGCUCCUUGGGCUCUGCUGAUGGUGUCGUGUUCCAGAGACACGAUUUCGAUUAAAAUAAUGCAGAGGAAGAAGCAACAAUUGCGAAAUAAGAGAAAAGAACAUAGUGUUGCAUGAGAUUUCGGUGCCUACUACGCACAUAACUGAUAUAGAGUCAAUAUUCAUUUUAUUCCGUAGCUACUUCUGUACUUUGCUUCAAGUUGUACACUGCACAGUGGACUGUACUUGGCGUGCAAUUAAAAGACUUGCGUCAGGCCGUUGAGCCAUGUGAAAAUUAAU